AUGGCCGCCACCUGGUGCCCCGGGCCCUAUGUUCCCACCGCCUCUGCUGUCUCCGUCUGCUCAAGCGAGGACAGUGAAGGGAGCCCCGUCUGCCUGCGCGGUUCUUGCAAUGAUUCAUCUUAUCAUGUAGACGACUGCCCAGAGACGUGCUGUGAACCUCCCUGCUGCGGGCCACCCUGUUGUGCACCCAGCUGCUGCCAGCCAACUUGCUGCAGUUCGGCGUGCUGCCAACCCGCCUCCCGCAUGAUUCUCCUCUGCCGACCAGUUUGUGGCGGGCCCUGCGGCUGCCAAUCGGCCUGUACCAGCUCCUGCUUGCCCCCUUGCUACCAACCAUCUUCCUGCCAGCCCUCUUGCUGCCCAUCAGCACGCUGCCAAGAUUCUUGCUGCCAGCCAACUGACUGUCAAGACUCUUGUUCCCUCCCAGUUUGCUGCAAGCCAGUCUGCUGCGAACCAGUUUGCUGCAAACCGGUCUACUGUGAACCAGUUUGCUGCAAACCGGUCUGCUGUGAACCAGUUUGCUGCAAGCCAGUCUGUUGCAAACCAGUUUGCUGCACCCCUGUGUGCUGCAAACCAGUCUGCUGCAUGCCCACCCCAUGCCCGAGUGCCUCCUGCGGAGACUCUCACUGCCAGCCCUCUUGCUGCGACUCCUCCUGCUGCCGCCCCGCCUCCUGUGUAUCCCUCCUCUGCCGCCCAGUGUGCAGCCGCCCGGUCUGUUGCGUGCCCGUCAGCUGCAACCCGGCUGGCUGCGACUCCAGCUGCUGUGCGCCUGCCCCCUGCCAGCCUUCUUGCUGCCGGCCCGCCUCCUGUGUCUCUCUGAUCUGCCGACCCACCUGCAGCCGGCCCGCUGGCUGCGGGGUCUCUUCCGGCCAGAAGUCUUGCUGCUGA